UGCGGUGUUGGCUUCGACGACACUCAAUUGCACAGAGCGCCCAUGAUGCGUUAUGCGGCCUUUCCUACCUAGUUGUCUGCGCAUCCGCAUAUAUGCACCGCGCAAAAGCUACUCGACCACGAGCUCCGUGCCAAUCCAAAGACCCCUCCGAGCGGCCUACUACCGCGGUGGAACUUCGCGCGCAGUCAUUAUCCAGCCGCAGGACCUACCCUCCGAUCGCGCACUAUGGCCUGGCAUCUUUCGGCAGCUGAUGGGGUCUGGGGAUCCGUAUGGGAGACAACUAGACGGCAUGGGCGCUGGGAUAUCAAGUCUCUCCAAAAUAUGUUUGGUUGAACCAUACGGGAAAGCGCAAGCUACGGCUGCGAAGCAGCAGGGGGAGGAAGCACAAGCGCAUAUUGAUUACACCUUCGUUGGUCUGGGUAUUGAGAAUGAUGAGGUCGAUAUAGCGGGCAAUUGCGGCAACAUGAGUAGUGCCAUUGGCCCUUUUGCUUACAAUGCGCGUCUGCUUCCUCCAAGCAUGUAUGCCGAAGGAGACGACGAAGUUACGGUCAAGACACGGAACACAAAUACCCUGAAAUACAUCGAUUCUACCUUCUCCGUUGUGGAAGGCCAGGCGGCUGUCAUGGGGAAUUACACCAUCGAUGGCGUAACUGGCAGUGGCUCAAGGAUCAAGCUGGAUUUCAGACACCCAUAUGGGAGCAAGACUGGAAAAGUGCUGCCCACCGGGAAGAAAAUGGAUACUGUCUCCGGAUACAGAGUAACGUGCGUGGAUGGAGCCAAUCCAGCCAUCUUCAUCCGCGCAGACGAUAUCGGCGUCGACAGCACCAUCUUGCCCAACGACUUCAACAAACUUCCCGAUAAACUCGCUCUCCUGGAGACAAUCCGCAAAGCCGCAGCUGUAGUCAUGGGAAUAGCAAAGACAGAAGAGGAGGUCCCACGCACGAUCCCCAAAAUCGGCAUUGUCUCAAUGAGCAGCACGCAUCCGGUCCUUUCAGGCGCUACGCUGCAGACCUCGCAGAUGGACCUCGUCGUAAGAUUCAUAUCGGACACGCAACCGCACCGUGCAAUUCCCCUGACCGCUGCUCUCACGACUGCGAUCGCAGCGCGGAUCCCAGGAACUAUCGUGGAGCAGCUGCUAGCUCCAGACCCUGUGAUGCAAGAUGCCAUCACUAUCGGCCAUGCCAGCGGCAGGCUCCAGGUGAACGCGACCAUGGAUCCACAGAACCAAUUGGUUCCUCUCUCGGCCACCGUGUACAGGACUGCGAAGCGGCUUUUCGAAGGGAAUGCUUACUGGACGAGCAAGGCUGCGCAAUCAGGGCACGCGGAAGAAACACCCCUGAGCCGACAUUCGCUUGGUAUGGCGUUUGUACUAGAAUCCCGUGGCCAUGACUCCUCCCAUCUAUUCGAGGGAGCGAGGCAAGAGACGGCCACUGGACCAAGCGCAACGACGCCUCGGGCUAACCGUUCCCUGAAUAUAACGAAAACCACUGGGCGAGGCAAUCGGUGGUACCUCUGGGCGCGCGACUUUCGUACGGAGACAAAGCCUUUGAGAUCAGGAUGGUCGCAGAGGGCGCACAAGCAAGGCAAAAAGCCGCGACGGAAGCGGAAUAGAGGGCUGAACUUGGAGGGGCUGAAGAGCGUGGUUCGGCAACGUACGACGCCGUUGUAGAAGAGAAAACGACAUAGCUAUUCCAAUACUUUUUUGUGAACCUAGUCUAACAUUAAGGAAUCGACCAAUUUUCCCAUUA